AUGCCACGUGAUGCACAGGCCGAGUUCCAGAAGUACUUCAACGCGCUCUUGUCCAAGACUCGCGACAGGGAGGGAAACGAGCCCCAUCAGCUAAAGAUCCAGAAGAAGGUCAUGUUCGAUGUCUCCAAGGCCAAGAGGAGUGUGGCCGAAGCGGUCCAUUAUGGCUUUCAAACGCACCUGGUGAACAGCAGCCCGAUCACCCUUUCCGGGUUGGUGCCUGCUUGGGUCACCGAGCAAGUGUUGCAGGAUGACUACUACUCUGAGGACAUCCGCCAUUUCACCAUCUACGUUGUCAACCCCAAGAAGCCCAUCGAGCAGUACGCCUACUCCCAGACCACGCGAGUGUCCGAUGCCGUCUGCAAGACCACUGACCGCUUUGCGUGGGUGGACAUCUCGGCCGGUCCUCUGGUCUACGGCCCGCAGACAUCCGGCGAGGGACUCGUCACGGAGGCGGACAUUCCGUCGCUCAAGCGCCACCCCCAGAUUGUGACAACGCGGCAGAGCUUCAUGAUCGACUUGACGUCGUUCGUUCAGAGGACCGUCGAGUUCCUCAUCGCGCCUUCGCCCUAUCGCCUCCCGGCCUGGGGGCUCAACAAGAACGUGGUGGUCCACCUCGUGCUCGUGCACGAUCAUCUCGUGGGCGAAGAGGAGCGAUUCUCCUACUUUGACUACGACACCAUCAAGAAGGAGCUGGGAGCGGUGGAAGUGUUCGGGAACCAUUCGAUCACGUUCAGGCAGUCGGAGUUCUCACUCGUCGACAACAACCUCCUCGCCUCCGUCUGGACCAACUCCAUCAAGUAUCUGGACUCGAAGGAGCUGCACAGCCAUCUCGGGCGCUAUCGCAGGACCCUCCUCGGCGAAGACGAUGCAGCCGAGUGGGUGGUGCCGGUCUUUCUCUUCGACGUCAGCAACACCGACCUCCUGCUCAUUGAUCGCACCCACCAGACACCUCUCAGCCGGGUUGUCUUCGACUAUCAGUGUUCGGGGCGCACGCUGGCGGUCGACCCCAAGGACGCCACCCGGCCGGUGAUGGGCGCCCUGGUGAGCACCGUGUGGGGCGUCGCGCCCACGCACCAGGCCUGGGACCCGCUCCACAACCGUAUCAAGGAGAACUACCUCUGGGCGGUGGGCGGUACGCCGUUCGGCCCGUUUUCGCCGUCGGUGCGGCUCACCUUCGCGCAGACCGACCCGGCACGACGCUUCCGACUCUACGGCUACAUCGAACGCACCCUCCGCCGACUGACCUCCCUCUUCCGCACUUACGCCGAGUACGACCUCGAGCUGGAGGACGGGCUCAGUCCGGAGGCCUACGAGCAGCUCAUGCAGCGAUGGAACCUUCUCCAGUUCAAGUUUGAGAAGGUGCCCGCUCUUUCGUUG